CAGCAUCAAUCAAGUCCAUCCACGAACUACACUAGAUCGCAAAGAUGGAGAGUCCACAUGAGCACCAGCAGGCCCUGCUGCUAUCCCGCAUUAUCGGCAACAUCGAAAAAUUGAAUGAGUCAAUCAUGGUUAUGAACAGAAGCCUCCAGGAGGUCAAUAUCCAGAACAUGAACGUCGAACUCGUCGCACAGAUGUUCAAGAACUACCAGUCUAACGUUCUAUUCCAUCUAGAAGCGACGGAGAAUUUGAAAGAUCCAUCAUCCUCGUCGUCCAGUUCUUGAUACCCAACAGUGUUUCCCAGUUAUUUUACCUAGUUAUUUGAUCAUGAAGACAUGAUACACACGUGAAAAUAUCUAAUAUUCACUUAUCUUAUGUAUUUUAAAAUGGAUAGUAGACCGAGUAGAGACAGCCAGCAGUGUGACUUUUGG